AUCGCGAGGCGUCACGGGAGUUGUAGUUUGUGGACGUCCCGGCUUGCUACAGAGACCACUGGGGGCAGAGUGGCCUCGCAGGAGGAGCGCAGCGCGCCCCCAUGGCUUGGGCUCGCGUCUGUCUGUGGGCCGUGUGCGCGUGCGCGCUCCGCGUGGCGCUGGCCACUGUAUACUUCCAGGAGGAGUUUCUGGACGGAGAGCGCUGGAGGAACCGCUGGGUGCCGUCCACCAACGACUCCCGGCUCGGCCACUUCCGACUGUCGUCGGGGAAGUUCUAUGGCCACAAAGAGAAGGACAAAGGGCUGCAGACCACGCAGAAUGGCCGCUUCUACGCCAUCUCCGCGCGCUUCCCGCCGUUCAGCAACAAGGGCCGGACGCUGGUCCUGCAGUACACCGUGAAGCACGAGCAGAAGAUGGACUGUGGCGGCGGCUACGUGAAGGUCUUCCCCGCCGGCCUGGACCAGAGGACCCUGGGUACCAAGUCCCCCUACUACAUCAUGUUCGGACCUGACAUCUGCGGAUACGAUCUCAUGAAAGUCCACGUUAUUUUGCAAUUCAAGAACGAGUAUCACGAGAACAAGAAAUCUAUCAAGUGUAAGGUUGACGGCUUCACGCACCUCUACACUCUGAUCCUGAGGCCGGACCUCUCUUACGAAGUGAAGAUUGACGGGCAGACCAUCGAGCUGGGCAGCAUCGAGUAUGACUGGCAGUUGACGUCGCUCAGGAAAGCGGAGCAGGCGGCGGCCCCAGGCGCAGGCCCAGGGAAAGCUGGGACAGCCCAGGACUGGGAGAAGCACUUCCUGGAUGCAGGGACUGGUAAGCCGGGCGACUGGAACAGCGAGCUGGACGGGGACUGGCCGGGGCCCAUGCUGCAGAAGCCGCCGUACCAGGACGGCCUGAAACCAGAGGGAAUCGAUCAAGACAUCUGGCUGCACGAGAAGAUGAGGAGCACCAGCUACCUGACACAGUACGACCUCUCAGAGUUCGAGAACAUCGGCGCCAUCGGGCUGGAGCUGUGGCAGGUUAGGUCGGGAACCAUCUUCGAUAACUUCCUGCUCACAGAUGAUGAGGAGUACGCGGAGAGUUUCGGGAAGGCAACCUGGGGCCAAACCAAGGGCCCAGAGAAGGAGAUGGACGACAUCCUGACCAAGGAGGAGGUGACCAGAGCCCGCGAGGAGGAGGAGGAGGAGCUGCUGGCGGGCGGGUUCAAUGAGCCUCAGCGAUUCUUCCAGCGGUUCCACCGGUUUCACCAGCAUAAGGAGCUGUAGGCCCCGCCUGCGGUAGGCGGGGUGACUGGUAAAACCUCCCUUCUCCUUUG